ACAUCACUAAUUUUGAUUGUGAUGCGAUGGAAGAGAAAAUCUGUUCAGCUGUGUAAUUUUUGUUUGUAACAUUAUAACUACUCAACUACAAUACUUAUUUUAAAUUUUCUACAAUGGCUGCUGGAAUUAUUCCCAGGGAUUUCAUUUCAAAAGCCGAAGACAUUGCAGAUGAAGUUUACAAAAAGACACGCAUAUUCCUGCCUACAACAGCAAGAGCUUGCCUUAUAUCAACAUUUUUAGAAGAUGGGAUCCGUAUGUGGGUUCAGUGGUCAGAUCAGCGAGAAUACAUGGAUCAUUCAUGGGGCUGUGGGAAAUUUCUUGCAACUAUCUUUGUUUUAAUCAAUUUAAUAGGUCAAUUAGGGGGGUGUGUUAUGGUGUUAUUGCAGAAAAAAGUUCCAUAUGCCUGCGGUGUACUUUUCUUCAUUGUGGUUUUACAGACAUUUGCGUACAGCAUAUUGUGGGACAUUCAGUUUCUGCUGAGGAACCUCGCUCUCAUUGGAGCUUUGCUGCUUGUGUUGGCCGAGAGUCAAGUCGAAGCUCGCUCCUUAUUUGCGGGUGUUCCUUCGCUCGGUGACAACAAACAGAAGAACUACUUGCAGCUGACUGGCAGGUGUUUGUUGGCCUUCAUGUUCAUCACACUCAUCAGAUUUGAGAUCUCAUUCCUUCAGAUUCUGCAAGACAUCCUGGGAGGUAUUCUGAUGGUGUUGGUGACUAUCGGCUACAAGACCAAACUCUCCGCACUCAUCCUUGUAGUGUUUCUGACCACCCUCAACUUCUACCACAACUGUUGGUGGCAAAUACCUGAGUUCAAGCCUUUGCGGGAUUUCCUCAAGUAUGACUUCUUCCAGACCCUGUCCGUGAUCGGAGGUCUGUUGAUGAUCGUAUUGUUAGGCCCAGGAGGAGUGUCCAUGGACGAACACAAGAAGAAGUGGUAAACUGAAAAUACCAUGGACAUUACGUUGCCAUGCUCCGUUUUGAAUUUUUGUUUUAAGUUUCACGUUCAUUUCAUCACUCAUAUUCCCAGGCGUUUUCAUAAUUUAGUUGUAAGAAUAAAACGUAUCGGUUACCUGUUUGUACUGUUUUGUUGACUGGAUCUAUUUUUUUACAAUUGAUAUAUUAUAGAAAAUAUUUUAUUGAAAAUUUAUGAAACUAUUUUGUUUUACACUUGGACUCUUUUCAAUUGAAUCUGUUGCAAAGUUUUAAAUUUUAUUUAUUAACUAAGACUAGGAUGUAAUCACAUAAUAUUGUUGACGAGUUGGAGUUUUACGACUGUUCUGUGAUGUUAAUUGUAAAUCAGGCUAUGGCCGCAGCACACUAUUAUUCUGACUCAACGGAACAAUUGUAUUACAUGUGUUUGUCUAUUUUAUUGUACAUAUUUAUGGGUCCGUAUCUAACUUGGUGAAUGCGUUGUAUGUAUUAUAUGUUAUUCCUACAUUAAAUGUCUCAACAUCUUAAUCUGUCUUCUCUGUCCUGCCUUGGGACAUAUUACAUUAAGGUUAUUGUUUGUUAUUUCAUAGUUUUAAGGUUUAAAAUAUAAAUGGAUCCCUUUUUCAGUAAA